UCCCUCCCUUUAUUUCUCACUCAGUUUUCUUCUCUUGACAACAGCAAAUGCUCUUUUUUCUAAUCUCAUCACAAUUACAAUAUGUUCAAAGCAUCCAAAUGGUUCAAAGCACUUCUUGGCUUCAAGAAAAAUGACUCUUCUUCUACUACUUCUUCCACUUAUAACAAGAAAUGGAGUGAUGUUAAAUCCUACAAAGAUCAAGAUUUUCAACAACACCACCACCAUGACAAAUCACACUACAUGAAUGAUCGCGCUGGAGUGGACCCCACGAUCUCUGAGAUCCACUCCAGUGUGACCACUAGUAGUGUGAUUCGUACAACAACCGUGACGACGUGGAACAGUGAGGAGUGGGCUGCCGUUGUGAUACAAUCACAUUUUCGAGCUUAUUUGUCAAGGAGAGCUUUACGCGCAUUGAAGGGACUUGUGAAGCUUCAAGCACUAGUAAGAGGUCACAUUGUUAGGAAACAAACCGCGGAUAUGCUAAGGCGUAUGCAAGCGUUGAUAAGGGCUCAAUCAAGAGCUCGUGCUGGACGAUCAAUGGUUUUUGAAUCACCUCCUUUCAGCGUGAAGUCUACUCAAUUUCUUCAUCACGGUCCUACAACUCCCGAUAAAUUCGAGCAAAUUAUUCGUGCAAGGAGCAUGAAGAAUGAUCAAAUGUUUAUGCUGAAGAGGAAUUCUUCAAACCAUAUGAUCAAUGCUAAUGCCAAAGAGAGGAAUUUAUUUCAUUCUUCUGAACUUAGCUUGAAUUCAGACCAAUUCUGUUUUAGCUAUGAUGAAACAUGUUACUCCUCUGUUGAUAAUAGCCCACAACUUCAAUCAACAGCAUCAUCGAUAUGUACUCGUUCGAGGAAAGGAUCAUUUACGCCAACAAAGAGUACUAAUAAUCAUCCAAAUUACAUGUCUUACACCAAGGCAGCUAAGGCAAAAACUCGAUCUAUGAGUGCACCAAGACUAAGGUUGAGAUAUUCAAGACUAGACAGGAUUGGAGUGCCUGUUAGGGACAAUUGGGAUGAAUUUGGACGCGGUUUUUGUCACAUAUAUUGAGAUGAUUCAAGUUUAAAGUCUGCAAGUUAGAGUUUCAAAUUGUUUCAUCAUGCUAAGAUAUAUAUAUGUAUGUAUCUAGUUCUGAAUGUUUAAUGUCAUGAAUGCCUGAACCUGCAUUUUUGGUUUGUGUUAGAAACGUAAUGACUAAACUUAUGUGAAUCAUUCUGUAUGUGGUUCUAAUUUAACUAUAAAGGAUGUAAUCUCUUAGUUAACUACAUGUUCUAUUUACUAUUGAAUGAUGAAU